AUGGGCGACGACAACAAGAACAAGGAUCUGGAAGAUCUUGCAAAGUCCACCACUGAGGACUUCUACGAGUUGCUUGGUGUGGCCUUCGAUGCGCCGGAAGCUACGAUCAAGAAGGCUUACCGUAAGGCCUCAAUACGAUACCAUCCCGACAAGAACCCCGACAAUAAAGAUGCCGCCGACCGCUUCAUUUACCUCGGAUGGGCACGCGAUAUCCUCAUUGAUGAGAAACUCAAGGGCGAAUAUGACCGUGCGCGUACUAGGCGACGGGAGAAGGCGCUGCAAGAUGAGCUAUUGGAUGGCCGGCGACGCAAGAUGAAGGAUGACUUGGAGACAAGAGAACGAGAGGCGUCCGACCUGAAGAGGAAGAGGGCAGGCCAUAUGGACAAAGAGGUGGAAAGGUUGGCCGAAGAUGGUAAGAGGCGGAGAAAGGAACUCCAGGCACGCAGGGAAAGGGAACGCAAAGAAGAGGCUGAGGUGAGCUUCAAGGAUGUCAAAAAGAGCCCCGAGCCGCAAACGCCCAAGCCCGGAGAGUCGUCCGAGCUCGAUCGCACAGUCAAGGUUCAGUUUCGACGAGAAGGCGAGACCGCAGCUUGGGACGAGGACAAGAUAUCGAGCAUGUUUGCGAAAUACGGCAAGAUUGACAUUGUGAUCAUGGGCAAAGACAAGAAGAUUCGACCUUCAGGAGAAAAGCAUCACAAGACCAUCGCUGUUGUGUUCAUCACGUACACGCGUCUUGAUCAUGCGCAUGCCGCUGUCUUGGACGGGAAGUCUGACUACCCGAGAUUGGAGUCUGUAUUUAGAGUGAAGGACCAUCCGCCAACCUUCGAAGAUGUCUCCAAGAGACUACUUGAAGCAGAAAACCAACUCAGCGAGCACCCACACACUGGAGGGAAGGAUAAGAAAAGCCCCCCAAGAUGCACCUCAUUCAGACAAAAAGAUGCGCCACCAGCACCGUAA